AGGCUUCCUGUUGUUGGGGAGGCCGGCUCAGGACAAGUUCGAACGGCAGAGGGUGCAGAGGGAGUGAGAGACAGAGGGCAGGAGAGAGGAGGGAUACUUAGGAAAACCAAAGUUAUUACAGGGUAAAAUGGGAAUAGCAGCCAUCCUUGUCACCGUCUUGUGUAUGUGUUCACUCAGUUUGAGUGAUCCAGACAGCGGCACCAAAGUUGGAGAUCCGGUUGAUGCAACACCAACUCAGAACCCAGAGACUCAGGGGAAACAGGCGAGAAGAGACUUGCCGGAGGAGCCAGAGCCCACCAGCCCGGUCUCAGACCUUGACAACACAUACAACUACAUUUUGUCCAGAUUGGCAGCGAUGGAUCAGGCCAUUCAUAGGCUCAACGUGGGCCACUACACCCUGGAUGUGAAGGUGACUCAACUGCUGGAUAGAGUAUCCCGGCUGGACAGCACCCUUGGGGACGUGGAGGACACAAUGCAACAGAUAUCCCUCCUUACCAAAGAGAACCUCAAAGAGAUUGGUCGCUUGGAAGGAUGUCAAAAGGGCCGGAGGGUCGGGUAUAAGUGCUAUCUGGUUUACCGUGCAUAUGAGACAUAUGCAGGGGCAGCACAGAAGUGCUUGCAGCGGGGCGGCAGGAUGGCCAUGCCCCGGGACAGGAAGGAUCAGGAAGCCCUGGCAGACUAUGUCAAGGCCUUUUUCCAGCCAGGGAACUGGCCUGUUUGGCUGGGCAUCAAUGACCUGCGCUCUGAAGGACUCUAUCUGUUUGAGGACAACUCAAGGGUCACCUACUUCCAGUGGCGUAAGCACUUCCUCUCCAGCCAGCCAGAUGGAGGAAAGCGGGAGAACUGUGUGGCAAUGGCAUCUGAUGACGGGGACUGGUGGGACAACUAUUGUGACAGGAGCAUGUAUUACCUCUGUGAGUUUGAAGCCUGAUCCUAUAAAAAAGAAACACUGAAAAUUCUGAUACGGCAAUACAACCAAGCUUGACGAUAACUUUACUUAGUGGAUAGCCUACUAUCUAUUUUGAUAUAUAUUUCAAGUUAAAUCUGUUUGCUUUUUGGUUUGAAUAUGAACAGGACAUGUCUUCGAUGAACAAAGUGGAUUGUAAUCUAUAAAUCAUGAUUAAUCAUGCAACUGUUCAGUACAUUGUAGUUAACUAGCGGAUUAUGCUAGUUUUAAAUUAUAAUCCAUUGCACAUUUAACGUACAGUUUAACAAAGAUAAAAUCCAUGACCUGUGUAAGUCCAGUCUGUAGUGUAAACACAUACUGUACUAAAAGUUUGUGCUUAUUUUAGUCUACACUGAAGGAAUAAACAUGCAUAUGUAAUAGGUGACGUCAGUAUCUUUGAGAAAAUACUAUAAUAAAAAACUGGGUUAUCAAAAUAUUUAUUCAAUUUAUCAUGAUUAAGUAUACAAUGUUAUUAUUGUACUUUUUCAGUGUAAACAACAGCAGAAUUUCAGUACAAAUAUUAUGUAAUAAAAUAUUUCA